AUGUGCCUGGAGUACAGGCUGAUGAGAUCUAGCGUGGUCAUGAAAGCGAUGAUCAUGAAGUGCAGUGUUCAGUUUCAUAAGAAACAUUGGGGAGAAACAGCUACUCCAUCCUUCACCAUCUGUUCUCUUCUACCCAGGGAGCGCAUGGAGUUACUGGAAGAAGCCAGGAAGAUGGAAAUGGCAAAGUUUCGCUACAUCCUUCCUGUUUAUGGCAUCUGUAAAGAGCCUGUUGGCUUGGUCAUGGAAUACAUGGAAACAGGGUCUCUGGAAAAACUCCUGGCUUCCGAACCUCUGCCCUGGGAAUUGCGCUUCCGAAUAAUCCACGAGACAGCCGUGGGGAUGAACUUCCUGCACUGCAUGUCCCCUCCGCUGCUCCACCUGGACCUCAAGCCUGCAAACAUCCUGCUUGAUGCCCACUACCACGUCAAGAUUUCUGACUUUGGACUUGCAAAGUGCAAUGGCUUGUCCCAUUCCCAUGACAUCAGCAUGGACGGCUUGUGUGGCACAAUUGCAUACCUUCCUCCAGAGCGCAUCAAAGAGAAAAACAGGUGUUUUGACACCAAACACGAUGUGUACAGCUUUUCCAUUGUGGUUUGGGGAGUUCUUACACAGAAGAAGCCUUUUGCAGAGGAAAACAACAUUUUACAUAUUAUGGUAAAAGUAGUUAAAGGCCACCGCCCAGAGCUACCUGCUGUUUCCAAAUCCAGACCUCAUUCAUGUAAUAACUUGAUCAAACUGAUGCAAAAAUGUUGGCAAGAUGAUCCUGGUGAACGGCCAACAUUUCAAGAAAUCACUUCAGAAACAGAGGCCCUUUGUGAAAAACCAGAAGAUGAAACAAAAGAGAUGAUAACUCGGGACCUGGACAACAAGAAUUCCCCAGAGCAGCAGCCUGAGGGGAUGUCUGCGUUAUCCCAGCCAAAACAGGAGCCUGGUUUACCAUCAGUUAAGGAUUACAGUCUCUCAGAGUUGUUGUCCCAGCUGGAUUCAGGGAUUUCGCAGACUAUGGAAGGCCCUGAGGAUCUCAGCCGCAGCUCUUCUGAGUCCAAACUUGCCUCCAGUGACAAGCGGCUUUCAGGAGUGUCAUCUGUAGAUUCAGCUUUUUCAUCCAGAGGCUCCCUUUCCCUUUCCUUUGAAAAGGAGAGUUCAGAUAUUGGUACUACAGACAUACAGAAGAGGAAGCUAACGGAGGCCAUUUUAUCUGGAGAUACCAGCAAACUGAUGAAAAUCCUUCAGCCUCAAGAUGUUGAUAUUGUUUUAGACGGGAACUCCAGCCUUUUGCACUUGGCUGUUGAAUCUGGUCAAGAAGAAUGUGUCAAAUGGCUUCUCCUGUACAAUGCUAACCCUAACCUCACCAACAAGAAAGGAUCCACCCCUCUCCACAUAGCCAUUGAGAAGAAAGUUAAAAGCAUCGUGGAGCUGAUUAUGGCUAGGAAAAUCAAUGUUAAUGCCAAAGAUGAGGAUCAGUGGACUGCUCUUCACUUUGCUGCCCAAAAUGGGGAUGAUUUCAGCACCAAAAUGCUGCUUGAUAAGAAUGCAUCCUUAAAUGAGAUAGAUUUUGAAGGCAGAGCCCCCAUCCACAUAGCCUGUCAGUAUGGCCAAGAAAACAUCGUGCGGAUCCUGCUGAGAAGAGGCGUUAAUGUGAACAUCAAAGGAAAGGAUGACUGGGUGCCACUGCACUAUGCUGCCUGGCAAGGUCAUCUCCCCAUUGUGAAGCUCCUGGCCAAACAGCGGGGUGCAAAUGUGAACGUGCAGACCGUGGAUGGAAGGACCUCGCUACACUUGGCCGCGCAAAGAGGACACUACCGUGUCGCUCGCCUUCUCAUAGACCUGGAGUCGGAUGUCAACAUACAGAACGGACUCUUGCAGACUGCUCUCCACAUAGCUGCUGAAACUGGCCACACAAGCACAUCGAGGCUGCUCCUUAAACACGGUGCAGACAUUGAGGCAGCAACAGCAGAAGGAUACACUGCUCUGCACUUGGCUUCUCGCAGCGGCCAUUUAGCAACAACAAAGUUGCUGAUAGAUGAGAGGGCCAGUGUUCUAGCCAGGGGCCCUUUAAAUAGGACAGCGUUACAUCUUGCUGCAGAAAACGGGCACUCUGAAGUAGUAGAAGAACUUGUCAGUUCAGAAAAUAUCAAUAUUUUUGACAAUGAAGGGUUGACAGCUCUUCAUCUGGCGGCGCGAGGAGGGCACAUAAAAACAGUUGAGGUUCUUCUGAAGCACGGGGCGCACACUGACAUGCGAAGACCCACACGUCAGACCCUGCUACAGCUUGCUCAGCAGAGCAGUAGUAGCUCAGUUACAAUGUUGUUAAGUGAGACUUAA